AUGGAACGAUGCCGCUUUAAACAGUUUUAUGAGGGAGGCAGCACAGGAGGUGGAACAGUUGAUAUAACUGUGCAUGAAGUUUCUGACAGUGGAAAGUUGAGAGAACUCCAUAAAGCAAGCGGUGGUGCAUGGGGAGGAACUCAAGUAGACAAAGCUUAUGAAGAAGGUCUCCUAGCUAAUAUUGUUGGUCCUGAGGUUGUCUCAAAAUUCAAAAGGCAAUAUAUGGAGGACUAUAUUGAAUUUUGUCACAGCUUUGACGGCGAUAAACGGCACAUUUCUCCGACAAAACCAGAUGGAAAAGUGACAAUCCGCAUGAUACCUUCCCUGUCUCAACUUUGUGAAGAAAUGAGAGGAAAUUAG